CUAGUGAUGCCAGAAAAAAACAUGGAAGAUCAAGAGAUGCCAUCUCGGCAUUUUUCGCGUGACGCUCGGAAAGCUAAGGGUGCGAUUACAUGGAGCGCGAUACGCGGUACAGUAACUAAUGAUUGUGUGAUUCACCCUAAGGAUAAAAUCACACGGUGCGGAAAAGAGAAUGCGUCAUUGAAGCAAUCAAUCAGCGCUAUUCUACACUUUUCCAUCACGCAAGUUUUGUACUAUGUUCACAUGAUGCAUCAAAGAUGUAUCCAGCAUAAAUGUUGUUUGAGAUUGAGAUCGGCGCUAUCGACGUUCGUUAUUACCCGCCACUCAGCAUCCACUCGAUCGAAGGGACGGUGGCGCCAUGGACCCUAGCAUACUUAAUUUCGGCCGGAUGGCCCCCUUGUCAGCCAACCAUAUUGCGGAUGCAUGCGCAGUUCGUCACGACCAAUUAUUCCUUUUUGUCGAGCUCUCGCAAAAGGAAACGUGUAAUCACGAAGCACGAAGUCAUAUUAUUUACUGUAUGAGCCCUGUUUAUAACAAUAAAGAAGAGUGCGACCAUA